ACACACACGCAAGCUCACCGACGUAUCACUAUAACCACGUUUAUUUUAUCUUUGACGUUUUUCCGGCGACGGAAACUUAAGUCGUCUACUCAAGCAGUUUGUGAUAGAAUUAUCAAUACCGCAUACGAUUUUCUACGACUCUGUGUGAUCCGCAGAUUAUUUUUAUAUUCUCACAAUUGAACCUCACAUUACAAUAUUGAAUAAUAUGUAGAAACAACCCUGAGAAAAAUAAUAUUAUUUAUUUAUUCAUAGACAAUAUUGUGAAUUAAGUCUCGGUUGAAAUAAAGAGUGCUUCAAAUAAUGUAAGAGUGAAUGUGAAGAGUGUAUUUUCUUUCUAUGUGGUGGUGAAUAGUUGUCUAUAUGUUGAAGAUUUUUCUAGAAGUAUAUUGAAUGAGUCGUCAAUGGUUCAAUAAUUAGUUUCAAUUUAAAAAUGUAGUUUUGUGGAUGGAGAAUCAGGAAUCCAUCAUAUACGAGUGGACAGAAAAAUCAUGAAAAUUCUUAUCCUUUCCGUGAUAUUACUUAUUUCUGUUAUUUUGUUUGCUGUGAAAACCAAUGCGAUUGGCUGGGAAGUCAAGCCUUGUCCGGCUGAUGGGUUUACAUUGAAGAAAAUCACGAAUAAUGGAAUUGCUCUCUCUUCUUCUAUGAAUAGUAGCAGUUUAGGCAAAUGCCAGUAUAGAAAGGUAGUCGCUCAAAUAAAUGUUGUGUCAGAUAAUCAAGGAGCAGUGAUCCAAGGCAGGUUGAAAUAUACUGGAUACCAUGGCAAUGACGAUGUGAUACUCACUGAUGAUUCUAAAAUAGAGAAAGAGUUGUCUUUUUAUGGACAAAUGAAAUUAUUCGCUUGUGUUGAGUACAAAAUUUAUCUAGAUCUUUUAACAAGAAAGUGUGAUAAUGUUCUCAAGUUCAAAUGUUCCGACAAAGAGUUAAAAUAUGAUAAAAUUGUUGAUUCAACCAUCAUCACUGCACAUUUGUAUAAUGUUAAACUGAUUGAUUCUAUGGUCUUCAAUCAUCAAAAUUAUGGAAACUUCACACGUUUUUAUAUCUCCAUUUCACCUGACUUGCAAUUCUGUGAUCCAGUUUUCAAUUUUACAAUUUAUGCAACUAAGAAUGGAAGUGACAUUGAAAUGGUCUAUGAAACUGCAUUAGCCAAGUCUGAAAUUGUGGAUGUGCCAGAUCUUAUUGAAAGCGUGAAUUACACUGCGUUAAUGAGUUUGCAAAUCAACAGAACUUCCGAAGUCACCUAUAUUAAUCAGUCGAUUCCAUUCAGUUUAGAUGCUACUUCUUCCAAAAAUGUCACCGAUUGGAAUGUAGAGGACUUUCAUGUAUAUGAUAAAGGAGCAACCUGGGCAGGUUUGGCAUGGAAACCUCCUGGUCAACCGUACACAGUUGAGAGUUAUAUUCUUGAGAUUUAUUCAGAAAAUGGCACGCCGAUCACAAAUAGACAACUGUCGAAAUAUGCAACCAUCUUCAAUGUGACAGACUCUUUAGAGCCGUGUUCGGAAUACAGAAUCGAUCUGUCAACCAUUUCAAAGGAUCUCAUUGCAUUCAGUACAGUAAAUUUUCGGACUAAUGUAACAGUACCGUUACUACCAGCUCCCGAUGAAGGCCAUGUGUUAGAAAUCGGUGCCACUAUGGCCGUGCUAAGUUGGCAAGUGGCCUUCACACUGGACAGCGAGUGUUCGGUCAUGGACGUGUUGACGGCGCACUGCUACAGCAAGGCGGGCAAAGUGUUGGAGUUCAACAGCACUGAACGCAGUCCGAACGGAACCGUGUUGGUCGACUGUGUGGGUCUCGAGCCGUUCACAGAAUACAGCUGCAAUGCUGUGGCGCUUAAUGAGGCAGGCGAGUCCAACGCUAGUCUGCCGCUCGUCUUCUCCACUCUGCAGGAUGUGCCCAGUUCUCCGAACUCUCUAGAAGUGAGAGAGAAGGCAAGUGACAGCAUCCUCGUGUCCUGGAGUGAACCACUUCUAAUCCCCGGCAUUCUCACCUACUACACGGUGACAAUUAGCAGUGUAGGUCCAGCCUACUCAAUACCUAAUGAUUGCAAAGCAAUUAGCCCAUGGCAGGAACGCAAUCUGACUGUCCCCGCCCCUGUCAUGUUAGCCUUGAUAGACGAUUUGCUGCCUUACUAUCAGUACAGUUUCACAGUAGUGGCCUCCACAGGAGCUGGGUAUGGUGAACCAAGUGAUGAGGUCAGAACUAUCACUUUGCCCAAUGUGUCAGAAACAGUUCGGAAUGUGACCAUAAAUGUGCAUUAUAACGAGAGUGUGGUAACGUGGCGUCCACCGUGCAUCACUAAUGGUAAAAUCGUAAAUUUUUCACUGAAAUUGACAGGCAGUCGUCAAGGGUUUGGACCUUUACCUUCCAAACAUUGGAAUAUCUCUCGAGACGAGAACUGGUUCUAUUUAAGGGACCUCCUACCUGAAGCGACUUAUAAGCUAAGCAUUUCUGUGAUAGUUGAAGAUGUUGAUGAAGAAAAUCCACUUGUUAAAGAGUUCACUAGCUCUGCCAGGGUACCAGAAGUACCCUCCAAAAUAACCUCAGAUCUGGUUGAUGUCGAUCCCAAGCUAAGUACGAAGCCCUCAAGCGAAGCCGUGGUGCUUAUUAAAAGAUCGUUCUUCAACUAUGACAAUGGAGAGAUACGUUACCUCGCUCUGCUGGUGUCGGAGAAUCACAUGAUUGGCGAAGCUAGGUCGGGAAUUACUUUCAACAGAAGUUGGCCGCAUAUGACAACUUGGGCGGUGGCUUCCAGUAGUCAGCAUGUCAUCAUGUAUCAAGCCACUCCUAAGUGGUGGAAUCCUAUGCAAGGCAGUGAGUCUGAAGGAGUGAUUCGCUACACACUGGGACAAGAGGUGUGUUCUGAAAUGGACAUCCAUAGCUACUGCAAUGGUCCACUCUUGGCCAACACUCUCUAUGCAUUGAGAAUUAGGGUCUUCACCUCGGCUGGAUUUCGAGACUCACCUCCAAUCCGGUUCAAAACUGAUUUUGGUUUUUCAUACGACUUUCUCAUGAGUUUGUUUUUGGGAUUUUUUGUUGUUACAACGGCAGUGAUUAUAAUUGGUUACUUCGUGCUGAGUAAACGUCAGUGGAAAACUAGCAGGACGGAGCACAAGUAUCUGGAAGAACUGCCGGCUAAGAAGGUGCUGGCUCACGCCAAUGCGGUGCUGGAGCACAAAAACCUGAUGCACUCAGAAUUCCUGCAUCUGUCCGGCUUGAGUGAUACGCUCGAUAUAAGCAGCGAUGCUGCCAAAUUUCCAGCCAACAUGCCCAAAAACCGAUACACCAAUAUCUUACCAUAUGACUUCAACCGGGUUGUACUUGAAGGGGACGAAGUGAAUGAAUACAUAAAUGCAUCAUACAUCGCUGAUGAUACUCUCAAAAAUGAAGUUGAAUAUGUGGCAUGUCAAGCACCGAAAGAAAGCACGGUUCGUGAUUUCUGGAGGAUGAUUGUACAGUGCAGUAUACGAGCCAUUGUUAUGCUGUGUAACCUUACAGAAAACAACAAGGAUAAAUGCUACUGGUAUUUCCCUGAGGAAUCUGAAACACUGGAGUUUGGAGACAUUGCUAUACACUGUUUGAAGAAAAUCACGAAUGAGGCAUUUAUUCAAAGAUUUCUAGUCAUAAAAACGAAAAAUCAAGGAGAUAUGAAGGUGGACCACUAUCAUUUUGUGAACUGGCCGGACUUCGAGGCCCCUGAGGAGGCCAUCCCUAUGAUAAAGCUUUGUCAAGCCGUCAGAGCCGAUGUUGGAUUGGCUACCAUUGCUGUGCAUUGCAGUGCUGGAGUGGGGAGGACAGGCACGUAUAUAGCUGUAGAUAUGCUACUGCGACAUUUGAAUCACAGAAAAAAAGUGAGUGUCUUCCGAACAGUGCUGAAGCUGAGAGGACAAAGAGCCAAUAUGGUGCAGAACGAGGUGCAAUAUACUUACAUCUAUAAGGUCCUCAAACAUACUCUUGACAAUUCAACAUUAUUUUUCAGAAAAGGAUCCAGACUCUUUCAAUUGUCGAGAAGUACAUCAACAAAUUUAGAUGAAGGCUCUUUACUUUCAUUGAAAGUGCGAUCAUAAUAUAUUGACAAAAUCUAUUCUAACCUGUGUUAAUAGUAAGCUGUGAAUAAAUGCAAAAACAUUCUAUUUCAAGUGAUAUUACUGUAAGUUUUAAAUCUAGUCUUGAAAAUAAAUACAAAGCUUUGAUUUGA